GGAAGGGCGGAGCGUUGCUAGGGUGGCGCCGUUGCUAGGGGAGGCCUGCCCGCCGGCGCCGCCAUGGCGGGGAACCGCUUGGAGAAGAUAGGGAGCGUGUUCAGCCGGACCCGCAACCUGCUCCGCAUCGGGGUGAUCAAGAAGCCGGUGUGGUUCGACGUCUACGCUGCCUUCCCCCCGCGGAGGGAGCCCGUCUACCGCGUGCCGAAGCCGCGCUACGGCAAGGUGAAGGAUGUCAUCCCUCCCAUCUUCUACCAGGAGGACCAAGUGCGAGCGAAAUUCUACAGAAUUUAUGGCAGUGGUCCCAGACCUUUCGACCUGUCACAAUUAAACUACAAAUCUACUUGCCAGAGGUUUGUUGAGAAAUUCAAUGAACUGAAGGAAGAAGGAAAAAUUGAAGAGGAAAGAUUGUUUGAAGAAACAGGAAAAGCCCUUUUAGCCAGUGGGAUAAUUUUACAGAGAAGAGGAACAGACAAAGUAGCGCAAGAGGAUCAUCAAGAUGUUGGAACCAGGGAUUCUGCAUUGCACCUGCAGCUCCAGACGGUGUUGGAAGAGGUGCAGAAAGGGAAGAAAGAUCAGAAGGAGCAGACGCCAGAGCAGGCAGAAACGCAGAAGGAAAAUCCCUUGCCCUCCUAAGAGCCGUGCUGCGGUCCGGUGACAGGAUGUGCCCUGCCUGUGGCACUCACCUGCUUGGAGCCAGAGUUUCUGCCUCCACAACCUGGCGGUUAUGAGACAUUUUCCGGGGGGAAAUAUGCCUCAGUUAUUCGGCUCUAGUGCCUUCUGUGAUUGUGUAUGUGCCACAUGUUCUCCUUCCAUCUCCCAUUUGUAUAAUUGGAGAUAAUAAAUCUGUCUGAGGUUCAAGACUUGUUAUCUCAAAUUGCGAGUUGGAAAAUAGGAGCACAGAAGUGGAAAAUUAAACAUCUUCCU